AGUUUACUGUUUACUUCUCAAUCAAAGAAUGAAUACCCAUUGUUAUGUUUAGAAGUGGUUUGCUUAUGUCAGAGUGCAGACGUCAGUUCUUAUCUUACGAAACUAGGAUUUAGGAAGCAAAAUGUCGGUUUUUUGUGCAGCUUUAAGCCUUUUCUUGCUUCUGAGCUUGGCCACAAUUUACUCGGCGAACACUCAACAGCCACCUAUGGAUUCGAGAAGUGCCUCUGUUUUCCUUGAUACGGUAAAGAUGAAGCUUGAGAUUGUGGAUGGCUAUCAUCCCAACUCGACCUCCAUGGUUGCAUGGGCCAACUUCACUGACAACAUGCAGAAAACUGGAUGGAAUUACUUGACAGUGACGACUAACCCAGCAUUCAAUGACACCUUUCAAGCUUACGCAGCAGGACUCCUGGAAGGUUUCCUGACGACAGAUUACAUCUACAUGGAGUGGUUCAACUCCAAGGCAUCCUUCUGCAAGUCACUGACCCCUGACUGCCAGAAGAUAAAGAAGUUCUUGACAAAGAAUCUUAAGUGGAUGGAGGCGCAAGUCAAGGCAAACACUAAUGACCCUUACUUUUACCAGAUGGCACUUAUCCUGGAUCAACUGAGUGGAUUGACAGAUGGAUACAACAAGAAACCACGUAAACCCAGCCUGGAUAUCGACCCAUUCGGCUUCCUAUUGUUUCAAGUGGGUGCGGACCUUGAUUCUAUUGAGACAGCUCUGAAUACUAGAAGCAGUAAGAAACGCCCCCUUGGUGGCACCCAUUGCUCCGCCCUCAUCAAACUUUUGCCUGGAAACAAAGAUCUCUUUGUUUCGCAUGAUACGUGGGACGAAUACAGUGGUAUGCUCAAAAUUAUCAAGAAAUACAACUUUGGAUUCCGGAUGACUGCAGCUUCUUCUAAGUUUAUUCCUGGCCGCGAAGUGUCGUUUUCCUCCCAGCAUGGUCCCAUAUUCUCCGGUGAUGAUUUCUACGUGAUUGGUUCUGGAUUGGUGACUAUGGAAACGACAAUUGGUAAUGAAAACGCUGCCUUGUGGAAGUAUGUGCAGGCAAACGGUACAGUACUGGAGUGGAUGCGCAACCUUAUCGCCAAUCGUCUUGCCUCUAGCGUCAUGGAAUGGUGCGAUAUAUUCAGCAAAUACAAUAGCGGCACGUACAACAAUGAGUGGAUGGUGGUGGAUUACAAACAUUUUACACCUGGACAAGAUUUGCCAAAAGAGGGCCUCCUUGCAGUAUUGGAUCAAAUCCCGGGUGAGAUUGUGAGCAAGGACAUGACUGGGUUGCUCCUGAACCAAACCUACUGGCCGAGUUACAAUGUUCCGUAUUUCCCUAAAAUCUUCGCAGACGGUGGAUUUAAGAAGCAGGCUGAGGAGCAAGGCUCCUGGUUCUCUUAUGACAAAACUGCCCGAGCCAACAUCUUCAGACGUGACCACACAAAAGUGACCGAUAUGAAGUCCAUGAUAAAGCUGAUGAGGUAUAAUGACUUCCAGCACGAUCCUUUGUCUCGUUGUGACUGCACUCCGCCGUUCACCGGAGAGAACGCAAUAUCGGCUCGCUCAGAUCUCAACCCAGCUAAUGGAACAUAUCCAUUUCCAACAUUAGGUUUUAGGUGUCAUGGAGGAACGGACAUGAAGGUGACCAGCAGUUCAAUGGCCAAGACACUCUCAAUGAUCGCUGUCAGUGGACCCACCCACGACCAGCAGCCGGUCUUUCAGUGGAGCAAGUCAGAAUGUGACAAGCAGUACCUACACUUGGGUCAUCCAGACAUCUUCAACUUUGACCCCGUGGAGGUCAACUGGAAGAAACCUUAAAGGCAAUAUUCCAGAAAUAUAUAUUUUUUUUAUUUGAUUAGACAGGGACUUUUUUUUUUUUUUUUUUUCCUGAUCUACCGGGUAAAACCCACAAUAUGUUUUGUUUAGUCAAAAUAAUGCUUAACAACUGUCUCCUAAGCAAAAAACUAGCAGGAUAUCAGUGACUUAUUGUAUUUGAGAAAUGGCAUUUUGGCUGGUGAACAUUAUUCCAUUAGCAUAAUUUGUUCGUGCUGAGCUACAUUUCGUGCUAAAAGCGUGGGUUAUUUGUAUGUAGACGCUGUAUCCAGCUGAAACUUUCACAUGUGAUUUUUGUUUCUUUCUUUAUAAUUUUGCCUAUAAACAAGCAUUACGUUGACAAAAACCAAUCUUUGAUUCCAUCUUUAAGGAAUGAAACCAAAAAAAAUGAGUAUAAUGUUAGACAAUUGCUUUUCUGCAAUGAAUUUAUUUUGUAAUUGACAAAUCCUUAAAAAAAUAAUAUAUUGGUUUUCGUCUAGCUUUCAUCAAAGUAAAACUUUCUGAAACUAAAAGAUAGCUUUGGAUGUUACAACAAUAACAAUAUCCUGCCAUCUGGCAUAAGUAUCAAAUUAAUAUAAAUACUGCAAAUAUUUGUCUUUUAAAAAGAAAACAUAUUUGUUUACUCAUAAUUCAGAUUGUAAGUAAAAAAAUAAAAUUCUGCAUCCAAGUAAUAUGAAUUAGUCUUUAUUUGUAAUUUACUGAUUAAAAUCAGUACACGUAAUUGUUGUUUUUAUCUAAUUGACAAUAUCGUCACCAUUUCCACAAAGAGCCACAAAUAAAUACACAGAUUGCUACAGGAAGGGGGCCUACAUUUCAAUAUAUUAUCUGUUUUUCUUGAUUGUAUAUGAGAGUUCUGAAACUGCAAUGUGGCUUUAAUAAAUAAUGCAGAUUUGCAGGUUUUAGCCGAGUAGUGUAAAAUGUAAAUCUCAAUCAGGCCUUUUGACAUUAUGUGGCUCUUUGUGAAAAUGUUGAUGGUAUAAAUGAUGAUGAUGCCAGGGAUGAUGUCAGGUGAUGAUGUCAGGUGAUGAUGUCAGGUGAUGUGGGUCAUUAUAUCCAAAUUGGAAAAAAAAAAAAAGUUGUGUUUUGUUUUGAAAUUUGUCUCGGGUAUUUAAUUUAAAGACGAUGAGUUUUUUUUUUGGCUGAAAUUUUUUUUUAAAUAGCUAUUUUUUAUAGCUUUGAGAAAGUUAUUAAAAAUUUAUUUAAGGUUGUUCACACUUAAAGCCAUUAGACACCUUUGGUUAACAGUAAUGUCCAAGGCCCACACUUCGUGUAUCACAACUUCUAUAUAAAAUAACAAUUUUAGGCUGAAAUUUAGGCUGAAAUUUAGGCUGAAUCGGUCAUCGGAGUCGGGAGAAAAUAAUGCGAAACCACCCUGGUUUCGGCACAAUUCACCGUGUCAUGACGUGUGUUUAAAAUAAAUCCGUAAUUCUCGAUAUCGAGAAUUGAUAUUGUUUUUGUUUUC